GCUUGCUGUGGCUUUAUUCUGGUCAACCUCUCGAAGUAAUCCCCUGGCUUGCCUAAUGGUAGAUGCACUCGGAUCGCUUCCCAUGUCACCAACUAAUCUGAACUCGAUAGGCCAAGUCGUAUAUUUAAUAUAUUCUGGAGGUUGAGCUCGUGACUCUAGCUUCGGAGGAUGCAGAUGAGAAAAUGCAUGAUGAAGCUCAGCAGAUGCUGUUGUGCCUGUUUGACAAGAUUCAUUCAGACAACAGAUGACACAAGGGAUUCCAAGGCUUAUCAGACGCUGGUGCGCCUAUUCGAUGGAGACAACAUGACCAUCCUCAAGCAUUUAAUCUAUGCCAAGAACGACAUACAGCCGCUGGUGGACGGUACCACAAGAUUGAGGGUCAGCCUCGAAGUGCUGAGAAAGAAAACAGUGUUGCUACUAAUAUCAGAUCUUGACAUCGCCAUUGAAGACAUAGAAUUUCUCAAUUACAUCUACAGAGAGUAUCAUGCAAGGCCUGAGAACCAGUUUGAAAUGGUGUGGCUUCCAAUUGUGGAUAUCGAUCCAAAAUCAGCUGCUUCGGAUAUGACCCAUCAGCAGAAAUUCGAGGAGCUGCAAAGCAUCAUGCCAUGGUACACUGUCCACCACCCUUCAAUCCUUGAACCAGCCGUGAUCAGGUACAUAAGAGAGGAGUGGCGUUUCUCAAAGAGGGUCAUCAUAGUAGCUCUGGAUCCACAGGGGAGGUUGGCGAGCCCCAAUGCCCUCCACAUGAUCCGGAUAUGGGGAAAUUUGGCCUUCCCUUUCACUAAGGAACGAGAGGAAGCGCUGUGGAGGGAGGAGAGUUGGACACUCAAGCUGAUCAUUGAUGGCUUAGAUGACGGGACUAUGGAGGAAUGGGUGAGACAAGGAUCAUACAUUUGCCUAUUUGGAGGUGAGGACCUUGAAUGGAUCAGGAAGUUAACAGCCACAGCCAAAGAAGUCGCUAAGAUUGCUGGUAUCAUGCUGGGAAUGGUAUACGUGGGAAAGAGUAAUUCAAAGGAAGGAGUGCGGAGAACAGCUGCGACGAUCACCUCAGAGAAACUGAGUUACUGCUGGAAUGACCCCAGAUUCUUCUGGCUCUUCUGGGCUAGACUCGAGAGCAUGCUCCACUCAAAGGUGCACCUCGGGAACUCCAUCGAAAACGACCCUUUACUGCCACGGAUCCAGACGAUACUCAACUUUGGCUUGAGCGACGAAGGAUGGGCGGUUUUCUGUCAGGGUGUAGGGCCGGACAUGGUGGAAGCCGAGGGCAACAUUGUCCUAGAGAACAUAGAGGAGUUCGAUAAGUGGAAGGACGAUGCAAAUCAGAAGGGUUUCGUUAAUGCACUGAGAGACCAUCUAAUACAGAAGCAUCUGAUGCGCCUGUUUGACGAGAUUCAUUUGGACAACUUGACCAUGCUCAAGCAUUUAAUCUAUGCCGAGGACGACAUACAGCCGCUGGUGGACGGUACCACAAAAUCGAGGGUCGGCCUUGAAGUGCUGAGAAAGAAAACAGUGUUGCUACUAAUAUCAGAUCUCGACAUUUCCUUUGAAGACAUGGAACUUCUCGACCACAUCUACAGAGAGUCUCGUGCAAGGCCUGAGAACCAGUUCGAAAUAGUGUGGCUUCCAAUUGUGGAUAUCGCUCCAAAAUCAGCUGCUUGGGAUAUGACCCAUCAACAGAUUUUCGAGACGCUGCAGAGCAUCAUGCCAUGGUACACUGUCCACCACCCUUCGAUCCUUGAACCGGCCGUGAUCAAGUACAUAAGAGAGGAGUGGCGUUUCUCAAAGAGUAUCAUCAUAGUAGCUCUGGAUCCACAGGGGAGGUUGGCGAGCCCCAAUGCCCUCCACAUGAUCCGGAUAUGGGGAACUUUGGCCUUCCCUUUCACCAAGGAGCGAGAGGAAGCGCUGUGGAGAGAGGAGAGUUGGACACUCAAGCUGAUCAUUGGUGGCUUAGACGACGGGACUAUAAAGGAAUGGGUGACACAAGGAUCAUCCAUUUGCCUAUUUGGAAGCGAGGACCUUGAAUGGAUCAGGAAGUUCACAGCCACAGCCAAACAAGCCGCUAAGACUGAUGGUAUCACGCUGGAAAUGGUAUAUGUGGGAAAGAGCGAUUCCAAGGAACGAGUGCAGCGUAUAGCUGCAAUGAUCACCUCAGAGAAACUGAGUUAUUGCUGGAACGAUCCCACAUUCUUCUGGUUAUUUUGGGCUAGACUCGAGAGUAUCCUCCACUCGAAGGCACAUCACGGGAUCACCAGAAACGACCCUGUAAUUGAUGAGAUCAUGAAGAUUCGCACUUAUGACAAGACCGCCCAAGGAUGGGCUAUUUUGUGCCAAGGUGCGGGGAUGGAGAUGGGCACAGCCAGGAGCGACAUUGCCCUCCUGGACAGCAUGGGGGUGUUCCAUGCACCGACCUAAGAACAUGAUGAGUUUAAAGACUAUAGAAGAGCGGAGUAUCACUGGGAGGUGCACCC